AUGCAGGAACACAUCCGUCGAGCUCAUCCCGAGCAUUAUAUUCCCAAGCUACCCGCCACCGAGGAGAGCUUUCUAUUAAUGGUCCGAACGCCGCCUUCCGAACGCCCCCCCGCGGACCCAAGUUCAGCUCCCUCUGCACAAGGCUUACAUCAGCGCCAAAAUGACUACCGACACAAUUCCUCUGGCCCGGCUACCCCCAGACACUCGGACGAAUAUCCCAACGUGCCUACAAACCCUCUGAUCGGAGCUGCCACCGUCCUCGCCGAGCUUCAGGGCGGCAAAUCUAACCGAGAUAUCGACAUGGAUGCGGGCUAUCAUUCCGACGUGGACGGUCGUCGCAUUCUCAAAACCUCUAUCGAGCUCCCACCAUUCCACCAGAUCAAUCAUGAUGUCACUAGCGACCCCUUCCGCAACCGCCAGCUCCCCUCGAUUCUUUCUGGCUCACCACCCGGCCGCUCCUCCACCCUACCGCCGUUGCAACGCCCCAGAAUUCACCACCCACGCAAGCAGUCCAUCUCCAAACGCACCACCAAGGAGGAUCUCAAGCGGAAGACCUCCCGUGCUGCUGCCACGGCAGCUGAAUGGUUGAGCCACAUUCAAAACGAGGAGCUCACAGUACCUGACGACGCCCGUAAGGCAGCCUCCGUUGAGCCCUCGCCAGACUUCGGCAAGCGCUGGAGCGAGCUGGUCGAUGCCGCCGCCUCUGCCAAUGGCGAUCUCGAAGACCGCACUCCCAUGCCACAGUCACCCAUCUCCAUCCACCGCUCUUCCAUGCCGCCCUUUUCCCAGCAAGGCCUACAACAAAGCAAUUACCAGGCUUCACCUCUACAGCAAGCUCUAACCCCGCCGCCCUAUCCAAGUGUCGAGAACGGCGAAAACUUUCACAUGGGCGCCACCGGCCUGUCGGACUCAUCCCCCACUUACUCAUCUCAAAACAUCCAAAUCUAUUGUGCCGCCUGUCAGAGUAUCUCUGCGCUCAGGAGCUCCUACGCUUGCACUGAGUGCAUCAGCGGCUUGUGCGCUGCCUGCGUUGAGAUAAUCGUGGCUGGCCAAGGAGCACGGAGGACGUGCCCCCGCUGCGCCACCAUCGGCGGUCGGUUCAAGCCUUUUCAGCUCGACAUUCGGUAA